AUGCCAGAACUCACCGAAUUGGAUAAAGCAACUGCAUCAAUGACUGAAAAACGCAAGGAGGAGACUGCAUCUUCUGAUAGUGAUUCAGAUGACACUAUCCCUGAACUUGAAGAUGCAGGUGCUCCAGGUGCAGGUGGAAUCACUAACCCAAUUGCUGGCAUUGACAUAGUCUCUAAAGCGAAGCAAUCCAGAGGAGAAAAGAAGGCACGAAAAAUCAUGAGCAAGCUGGGUCUUAAGCCGGUACAAGGUGUAAACAGGGUGACAAUCAGAAAAUCAAAGAAUAUCCUGUUUGUGAUCAACUCCCCAGAUGUGUACAAGAACCCUCACUCUGAUACUUACAUUGUAUUUGGUGAAGCCAAGAUUGAAGAUUUGUCACAGCAAGCAACUAUGGCAGCAGCUGAACGAUUCAAAGCUCCUGAAAGUGCUGCUUCUGGUAAUGAUGCUACUGCUGCUGGCACUACAGUAGCUCCAAUAGCAGAAGAAGAGGAUGAAGAAGGAGUAGAUGAAUCUGGGGUCGAUGAAAAAGAUGUGGAGAUUGUAAUGUCUCAAGCAAAUGUCUCACGGGCAAAGGCUGUACGAGCAUUACGCAAUAAUCAAUCGGAUAUUGUUAAUGCUAUUAUGGAGCUGACAAUGUAA